AUCGAUUCUUCCUCACCCAAAAAAAAAACAGCUUUCACAACGUGGAGCGCUGUGACUUCCUCUUCCUUCUUCACGCACCAGUCUCGACAUCUGAAUCAUAGAAUGUCGAAUGCCAUGGAGAUGACUUUGAGAUUGAGAGCCAACCGGCGUGAAAGCGACAGCCAGAGGGCGAGUGCAGGCUCUGAGAGAGCCAGCCACCAUGAAGACGACAGCCAGAGGGCGAGUGAGAUCAAAUUAUCGAUAUCGAGUUUCAGCCUCCCCGUGAAGGUGAUCGUCGGCCCCGAGAAGGUCGAGAUGUGGGUUCAAAAAGGAAUCAUUUGCGACGCAUCGGGUUUCUUCAAGGCUGCUUGCAAUGAAAAGUGGGAAUCGGGGCGUACCAACACGGUGACGCUCUCGCGCGAGAAGCCUGCGAUUUUUGCGAUUUUUGCGACCUGGUUGUUAACUGGAGAUAUCACCAACUUCGAGUCAUUCGUGCAGGAUAUGAAUUUUUUUUCUGGAGGAGGUGAUGACAACACCAGCGAUCCAGAAACAUACAGAGAUGUGGAGCGUCAUAAUCUGAAAAUGGACCACCUGUUCGACAGCUACAUCCUCGGCGACUUCCUGAUGGCUCCUGCAUUCAAGGAGACGAUCAUGGACCACCUUUUUGAGUACAGCAGAGGCUAUGCAGUGGCAGAACUCAUUUCCUUUCGAUUCAACAUCAACCCUGUGCGACUUAAUGAGAUUUACGACGCCACUGGCGAAGAUUCACCACUCCGUCGGUUCAUUAUCGAUAAAUUGAUAGGUACCUUCGAUAGCCCAGCGUUUACAACUUUUAUUGGGUUGGAGCAGCUCAACAGAGAAGUUUUGAGUGAUGUUGCGACUGCCUUUUUCGAGGUUGGAGUAAUGGAUGGAGCUUGGUUUCAGCAUCAGUUCUCUAGGAGAGCUAGAUGUGCCUACCAGGAGAACCCUACCCCAGGUGAGAGACUUGCUUGGGAAUAGUUUGGAGGGAUUUGUGGCUGUGUGUGUAUUUUUUAGCUUCAUGGGAAACUGAGUAGUCUCAUGGGAGACUACAUCGGUUCAUGGGAAACGGGAUCGUCUUAUGGGGGACUUUCUAUUAUCACAGAGUAUAGCGAUUUCGUCAUGCGAGCCUACUUCCUGGCUACAGCGCACAAAACCCGUGACAAAAUGUAUUUGCAGUUUUCAUUGCGAACCUGUCAACCGCCUUGCUUGUGACCCCUUUUUCCGAAGAAGUGAAGCCAACAAACUCCAUCGGUCUUACUGCCAAAUUCCGUGAAAAUGAUU